AAUUGCAACAGUGAUGUUCACCUAAGAGCAACAGUCAACCACGAAUUAACUUGCAUACUACGCGUCCGUUAGUCAACCGCAAAAGCGUGCAGCGACGACAAGUUUAAAUCUACAGAUCUGAAAUGGAGUUUUCAGCAUGCGAUCUUCAGUCUCUUGCAAAUCUUCUGCAAGACAGAAGAACCAGAAUCUGACAGUGAAGAUGACUUAAAGCCAGAAGGGACCAUGGGCUCUCUUGCACCUGGAGAUAUUGGUCCAAAGGCAAAACCACAAAAUAAAGCAUCUGGCUCUAAGAAGAAUUCCAGCAAAGACAUCUGGGAUGCUGAAGAAGUUGUUGAGGGUUCUGAAUAUGACUGUCUGCAUGAUCCUCGCCCACAGCCCGGGUAUGAGAUUAUAUACAAACAAGCUGUAACAAGUGAGGACAUGUUCCUCCAGAUGGGUAACAAGACACCUGCUACUGCCAGCUGUGAAGACAUGAUUGUAAAAAUCCACUUACCUGAAACUAAAAUGUCUGAUGUAGAACUUGAUGUAAAAGAAAAGUUCCUUGACCUCAGAACUCCAAAAUACUUUCUAGGACUUUUUCUCCCACAUCCGGUGGAUCAUAAGAAAGGAAAAGCACAAUGGGAUUCAAGAUCUCAAACUCUACAUGUCACACUACGUAUGGUGCGAGAUCUAGACCUAUUUAACUUUUGACUAGAAUUGAUUUGCAAGUCUAAAACACUUAUUUCCAGUCAAAUAUUUGCUUCAAGGUUUUAUUCAAUCAUGUGAUUUCAUGGGAAUGUGAUGCCAUAACAAGUCUUUUAAAGGGCUUAAUCAGACUGGUAGUUGUUGCAGUUAGCUCAAAAAGAAUUAAUAAAAUUCACAACAACAUAAAUUUUUCCACAAUAAAGUAUGUGGUGAAGAGCUACAGUAAAAUGUGAUACAUCAUAGUACAGGUGCAGUUUUGGUGCAAUGAUGCUAUUAGCUUCGAACUUCGUUUCACUAUGUGUAUAACACUUUCUCAAAGGUGAAUAAGAAUGAGUAGUCCCCCCUGCCCUUCUCCCUUUAAAUAUUCAAGCUAGAUUUAAAGAUAUUUCUUCCAUCAGUUUGUAUAACUAGUGUGCUGGUAGAUUAACCCCCUUCUCCUCUCUGUACUGGAAACUUUUGUCUACUUGCAUUCCUUUCAUUUUCAUUUACCUGCUCACUAUUUUUACAUGCUAUUUUUAAAAACCUUUUACACUGCUUGAUGCUGUUUAUGUGAUGGUCAGAGGUUAUUUCACGAUAAUAAUAUUAAUAUUCAUCAUCAUCCUUUUUCGAAGCAUGACCAGUAUCACAUGACAGAUAAGUGUGAUAAGCGCAGAAAAAUAAUUGCCUGUACAGACAGAUAUAGCAACCAAUGCCCGAAGUAGGUAAUAGAGUUUGAAAUGAGGAACAUAAAAGAUGAAUCCCUGGAGUUUACCAGGAUUUCAUAAUCAUAAAAUAAAAAUCAUAAUACUUUAAUAAUUCAGACAGCAGAAAUAGUAUCGCAAGAGGUUUCAUUGUCAUAAAUACGUUUGCUAUAUUUAUCACAAUUGUACCUUGUGGAAGUUGCGUGCAGGAGUGUCAGGUGAGAAGGAAGUGAAUGGAGUGUAGAUUAAAUGGUUUCUACAGAAUAUUUGAAUGAUGCAGUAAAAGUUGUACUUUCUGGAAA